CGAAAAAAAUAUUUACUUGCCAAAAUUUUCUGUAUUUUUAUCAAUCAAUUAAAACUCAUUUAAAGUAGCUUAGAACGAGAUAAUAAGCAUUAACUAGUCACAAAGAUCACCAUAAGACAGCAGAAUGUCAAGUUUUAAUGAAAAUGACGAGGAUGAGAAUUUCUAUAACAAUGAAAAUCCGGAAUAUUUAAAACCUAAAAUUAUUCUGUUUGGACUUAGAAGAAGUGGAAAAUCAUCAAUCCAAAAGGUCGUUUUCCAUAAGAUGUCACCAAAUGAAACGCUAUUCCUUGAAAGCACUAAUAAGAUUGUCAAAGAAGAUAUCAAUAAUUCAAGUUUUGUUCAGUUCCAAAUUUGGGAUUUUCCUGGUCAAAUCGAUUUCUUUGAUCCGACAUUCGAUAGCGAGCUGAUUUUUGGAGAUUGUGGAGCACUUGUUUUUGUUAUUGAUGCUCAAGAUGAUUAUCUGGAUGCGCUAACGAAACUCAAUCAAACUGUUACAAAGGCCUACAAAGUAAACUCUCGAAUAAAGUUUGAAGUUUUCAUUCACAAAGUUGAUGGCGUAUCCGAUGAUUUUAAAAUUGAGUCACAAAGGGAUAUCCAUCAAAGAGCAACAGAUGAUUUACAGGAUGCUGGAUUUCAUGACAUUCAUUUGAGCUUUCAUUUAACAUCGAUUUAUGAUCAUUCGAUUUUUGAGGCAUUCUCUAAAGUGGUUCAGAAAUUAAUUCCACAACUUCCGACACUUGAAAAUCUACUCAAUAUUUUAAUUACAAAUUCAGGCAUUGAAAAAGCGUUCCUAUUUGAUGUUGUUUCAAAAAUCUAUAUAGCCACUGAUUCAGCACCGGUUGACAUGCAAACUUAUGAAUUAUGCUGCGACAUGAUUGAUGUUGUCAUCGAUUUAAGUGAUAUUUAUGGCUUAACCGUGGAAGCACGUCAGAAUCAGGAGCUAUCAGCCUUUGACAACAAAAGCUCAUCACUCAUCAAGUUAAAUAACAGUACAAUUUUGUAUCUCAAAGAAGUUAAUAGAUUCUUAGCCUUAGUUUGCAUUCUACGCGAGGAAAAUUUUACAAAGCAAGGUGUCAUCGACUACAACUUUUUGGUUUUUCGUGAAGGAAUCAGCAAAGUGUUUGAACUGCGAUCAAAGAAAUUAGAGCAUAAUACCGAUGAUUUAAGUGAUGAGUAUGAUAAUCUUCAACAACCUUCAUCUGUUACCGAUUCUGUUUAGCAAUAAGUUCCAUUUUAUCGCCCCUGACCUGUUUAUCUGACGAAGAGAAUAAUAUUAAUAAUAAUGCUGUUUUUUACUGAUAUAAAAAAGUAAAAUAAUUUGUCACUGAGCAUGACGUGCGCAUCACUGCGCAUACAUGUAAAUGAAAAAGAAGUUAAAU